GGUACCGCCCCACCCUUUGCACCAACAAGUGCUUAUGAAUCGGGAGCCGAUAAUGACUGAAAAGCUCGAGCAACACUUAGUAUGGGGAGGAGGCAGGGUGUUUCUGAAGCCUGUCAGCAAGUUUUUGUUUACGAGGGAGUUUUGGACAAGGGAGUUGACAUGUAAAGGCGAGGGGGGCUGUCGAGGAGCAGUGGUGGCGCUGAGUGAUGGGGAACGGGAAAGAGACCGGGAAGCAAACAACAAAGCACAAAAGAAGGAUGACGCGGGAAUAUGCAAACGAUGCGAAAGCCGACAAGCAGCGCGUGGAUUUUGUUCAGUUAUGUUGAGCGACUUUGAUCUCGCCACCGUCAAGGGCCUCCUCCCGCGCGAAGUAACCUGGGAUCAAUGGCGUCUCUUCGUGGACGAGCUGCUCACCUCGCCAGACGCGAUAUACAAGAACAUCGCCGUUCGGUUCAUCUACGGCGAAUUACGACUGAACCGACUUAACCUCAUUUACAUGUUCACGCGGGGGCCUUUGUCGCUGGGGUUCAUGGCUAUAUGGACUUCGUACGGGCAGUUUAUCGUGCAAAUCAGCGCGUGGGUUAUAGGCGGGACGGCGUGGAUUGUGGUGGUUCUGUCGGGGAUGCAGGUCGGGUUGGAUACCGCACUUGGGGAAGAGGAGGCAUUUAAGAGGGCGAGUUAUGGGUUUGCGGUGUUUUCGAUCUUGGGGCCGAUUAGUGCCAUGGUGCUGAUUUUUACGUACAUAGUGGUGUUGUUUGUGUGGAAUUUGAGGAGCCAGAGGCUCGGAAGGACCUGGAGUGGGUUGCAUCUGGAGACCGGGAGAGGGAGGACGGGGGAUAUGGAGGUGUGAGAGAGUAAGUGGUUGGGCUGAUGGAUGUACAAGAUAGAAUCCCGCGUCAGCGGGUUGAUUGUCUUGGUACUGAAGAUCCCGAUGGCUCGGGCGGUGCGACGGACAGAGUGUUAGUGGUAAUUCACCAUCUGUUUACCUUGCCCAUUUUUACAGUUUCUAUUAACUACCUAUUUGUCACUUGUGGCUCUACCUGCAGUGCUGGGAACCAACGGAUACUAAACGGCUUUGAACAAAUAACUUCAAAGCACGCGCGUCGAGGCUGCUUUUCCCUUACACGUGUUCAAUUGUCCAACUUCGUCAUUAGAAGUAUUUCUCACGCGGCAAGACGGAUAAUGUAAUCGUUACACUGCAGUCGUAGAGCCAUGUCGAAAUCCUCCGACACGUGACUCUCGGACCAGAACUUCUCGUAGCCAUCUUCAUCCUCGUACGAGACUUGCUGGAUGGCAGACCAACGAAGAAUGGCGUUGUAACCAACGA